CAGACCUAUUUUGGACUAGUUAACGCUCCGUGACUUGGAAUCAUUUGACAAGAAGAGGAUUGUUAUUGUACAAUUUCAAUGUACAAAAUAUAAAUUUGCCUUACUAAGUGAUAUUUAUAGUAUUCUAGUUUAGAUCACCUAAAAUACGGACUACAGACUCGUUUUCGGAGGGUUUAAUAUUGAACCGCUGUGCAUGGGACCAGGCCCCCAGGUCCUCUCCACUCAGACUGAGCGAGUGCCACCAUGAGCUCUAAGGGGGGCGGCACCGCACUGACCCGACGCAACUACAGACUGGCCUCCGACAUGGACAAACCCAGAACCACCGGUAUUAUCAAUGAGAAGCUGCUGAGUGACUACCUGCAUCGUGUGUUCCCCACCAGCAGCAGGCAGGGGCCUGCAGUGGUCUCCCUAAGGAAGCCGCUGGGCUUUCAAGAUCUGGAAGCCCACCUGGACAGACUGCUGCUGGAGGGAGAGCCCACAGAGGAGAGCAAAGACCAGACCCUGGAGGGCCGUCUGGGGCCCCUCACCGUGGUGCUGGAUCACACCAGCGGCUUUGAGGGCCUGCUCUUCGUAGACGAUGAUCUACUGGGGGUGAUCGGACAUAGCAACUUCAGCUCAAUCAGAGCCACCACCUGUGUUUACAAAGGGAAGUGGGCGUACGAGGUCCUCAUAUCUUCUCAGGGCCUGAUGCAGAUCGGAUGGUGCACUCUGAACUGCAGAUUCAACCAGGAGGAGGGCGUGGGCGACACCCCGGAUUCCUACGCCUACGACGGGAACCGGGUACGCAAGUGGAACGUGACGACCACCAACUACGGCAAGUCGUGGGCGGCAGGUGAUAUUGUCAGCUGUCUCAUAGACCUGGAUGAGGGCACCAUUACAUUCUGUUUAAAUGGCCAAUCUCUGGGCACAGCCUUCAGCGAUAUCAAGAUGGGCCCUGGUGUCGCCUACUUCCCUGCAAUCAGUCUGUCCUUCAAAGAGUCGGUGGCGUUCAACUUUGGCAGCCGCCCUCUCCGGUACCCUGUGGAGGGCUACCUGCCCCUGCAGAACCCCCCCACCGCCGACCUGCUCAAGGCCCACAAGCUCCUGGGUUACAUCAAGACCAUCCUGUCCACCACCAUAGACACACAGGAGGAGAGGCUGGUGGAGACAGAAUGCUCGUCCUGGAAGCUCCACGGAGAGCCCACCAUCCUGGUGACCCUGGCACACAUAUUCAACCACUUUGCCCCGCUCAUGUGUAAAGUGUACCUGGUGGAGGAUGUUCUCAUGAACUUCCUUCUGGGGAUCCUGGAGGGAGGGGGGUCAGUCGAUGAGCACCCCCUGAUCCAGCAGCUGCUGGACCUCUUCUGGCUGCUCAUGGAGGACUAUGAAGUGAACGAGUGUCUAAAGCAGCUGAUGAUGUCUCUGCUGAGGGCCUAUCGCUUCUCCCCCAUCAUCCCAGACCUGGGCUUCCAGAUCCAUUACCUGCGUCUGACCACGGCCGUCCUUCACCACGAGAAGUCCAGGAAGUAUCUUCUCAGCAAUGUAUUGUUCGACGUGCUUCGCUCCGUAGUGUUCUUCUACAUCAAGACGCCUCUGAGGGUGAAGGAGGCGGGGCUUGAAGAGCUCAUCCCCACCACCUGGUGGCCCACUCGCUUCGACAAAGAGGGGAAGGAUGAGAGGGAGCCGAAAGACGAGAGCGCCGACGAGAGACUGAGGAGGCGGGCCUACGAGAGAGGCUGCCAGAGACUCAAGAAGAGGAUCGAAGUGGUGGAGGAGCUCCAGGUUCAGAUCCUCAGACUGAUGCUCAACAACAAGGACAAAGGCACGGGGGAAGCUUCUAGAUACAUCUUCCUUAAUAAGUUCCGUAAGUUCCUGCAGGAGAACGCCAGCAACAGAGGGCACCCCACAGCGCUGUGUCCUCCAGAGUACAUGGUGUGUUUCCUGCAUCGCCUGGUGACGGCGGUGAGGAGCUACUGGGACGAAGGCAAGAGGAUGAGUCCUGGCUGUGUGAGCAGUGAGGAAGCCUAUGUUCCUCCCCAGUUGUUCUACAAUGGGAAGGUGGACUACUUCGACCUGCAGAGACUAGGUGGCCUGCUCUCCCACCUGAAGAAAACCCUGAAAGAUGACCUGGCGUCUAAAGCCAACAUCGUCAUCGACCCUGCCGAGAUCCAGGCGUCCUCCAUGGACGAUCUGGACGAGGACGAGGAAAGCGGAGCAGCUCAGAGGCCGUUCGGCGCGGCGGCCAUGGGCGGGGCUCUGGCUCGUCCCAGCUGGCUAAGCUCUCCCACGCUGGGCCGCGCCAACCGCUUCCUCAGCACGGCCGCCGUCAGCAUCAUGACCCCCCGGAGACCCCUGGCGCCCCCCGAAAAGGUCAAGAUCCGCACCCUGGCCGUGGAACAGCGCACGGAGGAAGACAUUGAGGGAAGCCAUGGAAACGAUGGCCUGUUGCUGGGGCGACCGCUAGAAGAGCCUGACCAGCCAAUCACAGAGAAGUCGCUGCUGGAGAUUCUGGAUGGUAUUGUGAUGAUGUACAACCUGAGUGUCCAUCAGCAGCUAGGCAAGAUGGUGGUGGUGGCAGAUGAUGUCCAUGAGUACGCCAUAGCACUGAAGGACACGGAGGAGAAGAUUGCUCGCUGUCCCAGCAGGAGAGCUGACAUCAUGGAGGAGCUGCAGAAGAGCCAGAAGGUGUUCGCUGAGAAGCUGAACCACCUGAGCCGAAGGCUGGCCUGGAUCAACGCCACCAUCUACUCCAAGGAGAAGAUGCUGGAUGUGUACUGGCUGCUGAGGGGGUGUAUUCGCACCGUGGAGCAUGCAGACAACACGGGCUCGCUGUUUGCCUUCGCUCCCGAGUUCUACCUCAACGUGGCCAUGAACAGCUACAGCGCCCUCAAGAACUACUUCAGCCCCUCCAACUGCAUGGACCAGCUGCCAGGUUACGAGGAAACCUUGACUCAGCUCGCUGCUAUCCUCGCCAAGCACUUUGCAGACCCUCGCAUCGUCGGGACAGACAUCAAAGACUCCCUGAUGCAAGCCCUGGCCAGCUACGUCUGCUACCCACAAUCCCUCAGGGCGGUGGAGAGGAUCCCGGAGGAACAGCGAGUGGCCAUGAUGAGGAACCUGCUGGCUCCUUAUGAGCAGAGACCCUGGGCUCAGACCAACUGGAUCCUUGUACGACUGUGGAGGGGCUGUGGGUUUGGAUACCGGUACACCAGGUUGCCUCAUCUGCUAAAAACCAAACCUGAAGAUGCCAACCUGCCCAGUCUGCAGAGAGAUCUGUCCAUUGCUAGUUUCCAAACCCUGAGUAAUGAGGCUGGUUGGCCUUUGGGCAGUUUGUUGAACCAGGUGUUGAACAGGGUGACUGCAGAGAGGAACCUGUUUGACCGUGUGGUCAACCUUCGUCUACCAGGUCUGGAGAGUGUGGACCACUACCCCAUCCUGGUGGCAGUGACAGGGAUCCUGGUUCGAAUCCUGGUGGACGGAGAGAGACCAGGGGUGUCUCGUGCGGCUGCAGUGCUCCUGUCUGACCCCUGCUUCCAGCUCCACUCCAUCCAGCACCUGCUGGGGGAGGGAGAGGGCUCAGGGUCCGGGGCCCCACCGCCCCCCCCAGGCCCCAUCCUCACAGCCGGACCGGCCGCGCCCAACACUGCCGCCGCCGCCGCCGCUGCUGCUGCUGCUGACCGCAAACACUUCUCCCUGCACGCAUACACGGACUACAUCAGUGAAGAGGAGGAGCGGAAGGUGGAGAGGAUGCUGUCCUUCCUGACGGAGGAGUCCCAGCAGGCUGCAGCCAGCACCGCUCCAACCAGUGAGGAAGACUUGUGUCCUAUCUGCUACGCCCACUCCAUCUCAGCCAUCUUCAGACCGUGUUCUCACAAGUCCUGCAAGGCCUGCAUCAACCAGCACCUGAUGAACAACAAGGACUGCUUCUUCUGCAAGGCCACCAUCACUGGGGUGGAUGACUACAGCAAGCCUGCUGGGUCCUAACACACCCCUCCUCUAGCCUUACACGCACACACACACACACAGGCAUAGCCACGUACACAUGCCUGUGCACACAUGCAAGCACACACACACACGCUCACAGGUACAGAGUAUCAUGACACACGUCAAAGACCUAGGUCACACACCCGCUCUCUCCUUUCUCUCUGUGUUUCUCUCACACACACACACCCACACACACACACACCC